AGUUGAAGAAAUGGGGAAGAAGCAAAGAUAAAGUCUAUAGAGCCCCUGAGUUAGCUGAGUUUUACCAAAAUUUGAUUAAACGCGAGUGGAAAAAGGAUUCAUCGCCACCCUUGGUUUCUUCCACAUCCAGCAUGUCAAUGCAAGGAGCAACAUGAAUGGAAAAAUGGAAAACGGAUCAUCCUUUCGUUUAGCGGUGAAGUCUGAUGUGGGAACAAAAGCUGAUUUCGUCCGGUCACUAGCAGCUGAAGUUCGUACAUCUUUGUUUUCCAAAGCAGAUGAUUUGGUGACAUUUGUUAAUUAGCUAGAUGAAGAGCUCUCCUCCUUGGCUGAUGAACGAGCUGUUCUCAAGCAUUUUGAUUGGCCAGAAGGUAAAUCAGAUGCAUUGCGAGAAGCGGCAUUCGAGUACCAGGAAUUAAUGAAACUUGAGAAUCAAGUUUCCUCGUUUGUUGACAAUCCAAGUCUUUCUUGGGAUGCUGCAAUGAAAAAGAUGUAUGAACUACUUGAGAAGGUGGAGCAAUGUGUUUAUGAACUAUUGCACGCGAGGGACAUGACUAUAUCACGAUACAGAGACUUUGGAAUACCCACAGAUUGGUUGCUAGAUUCUGGUGUGCUUGGAAAGAUUAAGCUCUCGUCUGUCCAGCUGGCUCGUGCGUACAUGAAACGUGUAGCAUUAACACUGGAUGCGUUGAGCGGGCGUGAUAAGGAACCACCCAGAGAGUUUUUAAUCCUACAAGGCGUUCGCUUUGCUUUCCGUGUGCAUCAGUUUGCUGGAGGGUUUGAUGCCGAGAGCAUGAGGGCGUUUGAAGAGCUUAGGAGUUGCGUGCACACACAAACCAGAGACGUUUAGCAAGAAGAUUGAACUUUUGUUUUCACAUUUUUACCCCCAAAGGAAUUUGUACAGUAUAAUUUCAUAAUUUCGUUACUCCAAGUAUAGGAAACAAAACUCAUCAUGUUGUAUUUUAUACUCUAUUUGCUUUAAAGAAAAGGUUUGUGUAACU